AUGCCUUUCUGGAGGCAAAUAGACGAAAAAGGUUCGGAGGGCAUAACAUCGCCUGGGGGUGUUCAUGAGGGUAAUGAGGGAGGUGACAUCGAAGCUGGCGUUCGGGACCGUCAGAACACACAUCAGGCAAAGCAACCCACGGAUAGGAUAACUGGCCACCAACUGUUUUACAUUUUCGGACUCGAUGGGGUCGGUGCCGCUGUUCUUUCAGGGGGCAUAAACUUCGCCAUUGCCUAUGGCAUGUAUUCAACCCAGAACCUGGACACCCACCCCAUUCGUCUGUUUCAGCUGCCCAAUACUCUUGCUGGGGACGCAGUGAUCACUAUAAUCAUCCAAACCCUGAUUACGUGGUUCAUCGAGCUUAUUCUCGUUGGCCACGACUUGAGGAACGGCGCCAUCCGGCCCAUCGGUUUCGUCAAGGAGCCGGUUCGUCCUCUGCUACGAUGGCUCAUGCUUCUGCACCGAAACGAGACCGGAAGUCGUGUUGAUGGUCCGCGAUCAAAGCGCUGGGCGACUUUUGUCGCCGAUCAAGCUGUUCGUGUCGGUUUAAUUUUCGUCGUUGCCUUUUUCCUGCUCUGGCUACCGGCGAUCGGGAUCCUGACCUCUGUCGGUGAGCGUGGAACCGGAGACGACUGGGAUUGGUACUUCCAUCGCCAAUGGGCUCCGCAGGUCUUCAAGGGCGUAUUUGGAGGUCUACUCGCUCUUUUGACAACGCCAAUCAUUGCUUCCUUCUGGCUGGUCAGAGAGGGAUGGCGACUGAAGAGAGAAGGUGCUGCGCCUAGCUGA